GUCUAAGUGAUUCAGCCGGAGUCAUUGGACCAAUUGCCAAUACAGGACCGGGAGGACACAGCUUGUGGUUCCUGCUUUCAGAAUAAGAGUAUACUCGGCUAAAAGGAGUCCGAAUCCAUAGCUUCACUUGUGCUGCAUCGUCUCACGACAUGGAGAUAAUCUGAAGGCAAUGAGGCCACAAGAUUGACUUCUUAAAGAGCAAAGUGGGAAGGACAACGUCAAAGCUCUGAGGAAUGAUGUCAGAAAUGUCGACAACUGGAGCACUGGAUAGUUUUCCUUCUGAGGUUGGAGCCACUGGCAGCUCCUCUCAAGUUCUAAAGGCUCUGCUAUGACCAUCAGUCAGUGUGAAUGUGCGGAUGGCAUUCCAUGGAAGAUUGGGAGGAGAAUCUCUGAUGGAAUAUAUAAAAGCCCCCAAAGCAAAAUACACAUUCAUAGGAGAAGCAAUACGAGGUGUCUUUCCCCCACAUAUGCAAUGUUCAAUUGGCUGUAGAGGGAAAGACUGCAAGUAUGACAACCCAAACUACUGGAGCGAGGACAACCAAGCAAUAAGAGGCCUCUAUUCAUCCUGGGUUACCGACCAUCUUCUUGCUAUGUCUAGACCUUCAACAGAGAUCAUUCAGAAGUAUGACAUUAUUGAUCAGUUCAUAAGGAAUGGCAUCAAAACAGUGAUCAACCUACAGUUACCUGGGGAACAUGCAAGCUGUGGAAAUCCUCUGGAACCAGAAAGUGGAUUUUCAUACCGCCCCGAAGUGUUCAUGGAAAAUAACAUUUAUUUCUACAAUUAUGGCUGGAGAGACUACGGAGUGGCCAACCUUACCACCAUUCUGGACAUGGUCAAGGUCAUGGCCUUUGCAGUGCAGGAAGGAAAGGUAGCAGUCCACUGCCAUGCUGGACUCGGCAGAACAGGGGUACUCUUGGCAUGUUUCUUGGCCUUUGCAACCAGGAUGACUGCAAACCAGGCUAUUUUGUACGUUCGUGCCAAACGGCCCAAUUCCAUCCAAACCCGGCAUCAGCUGCAGUGCGUCAGAGAGUUUGUCCAGUUUCUUGCCCCUUUAAGAAUUGUUUUCUCCCACGCCAAGCCUCACUCCCAACCUGUAACCCUGUCCCAGUACCUUAACCGUCAGAGACGCAUUCUGCAUGGCAAUGAGAGAAAGCAACUGAAGCACUUACCCAAGAUUAUACACCUAGUGUGUGGGCUCUUGGUGGACAUUGCAGAAAACCGGCAGGUGAUUGAGGAAGACAUUCUUGAGGCCCCUGAUUUCCAGGAAAUUGAAAUGACUCUCAGUCUCAUUGAAAAGAUGGGGCCUGAAUUAUUUGUAAAGGAACCCCGCUUGCCCGGUACACCCACCUUACCCAGGCAUUUCCACGAGCCUCCCAUCUUCUACCACCGCAAAAGUCUGAGCUACAGUGAGUCAGACCUGAGACGUUUGGGCUCGCAGCUAAACCUUCUCACGCAACCCCUGACCUCUGUCUCCAAAUCACAGACAACUCUCCCCUCAUGCCACAAUCAAGGCCAGAACAUCAACACAUCCGAUGUUUCCCACAGUUCGACAGGAUCGCUCUGGCAAAUUAAGAAUGAUGAAAGCCAGAAAGAUGGAACGAUUGUGGUGAAGAAACUGAAAAGGAAAACCAUGCAUCGUAGCGAAUCGGUGGGAAAUGAGAAGCCGACUAAAAAGGGCAACAUGUUGUCCAGGUGGAAGGCAGAGCAGAGAGAGGAGCUAGUAAUGAAUGGGGUAAAGUCUAAAGAUAAAGAAGAUGAGCAAUCAGUACUUCCCUUCAUCACACUGCAGUCUGAGCUGUCUCUGGAGGCCAGGAGGCUGCUGGUGGCCCAGGCAUUGGCAGUGGACCUUUUUCUUGAAGGAGAAGAGGAGCAUAAGUCCAAAGUACUGGCCUGGCAGGAGGACAUGAAUCAAGGUAGCGCAUGGGAGAGACUUUGCACAGAGCGAGAUCCGUUCAUCCUGACUGGAUUAAUGUGGUCAUGGCUGGAGCAGCUUAAAGAGCCAAUCAUCUCUAUCAAAGAUGCCAAAGCCCUGAAGCCAUGCAACACAGAUGCUAAAACUGCCCUCAACAAACUGGGCCAGGCGCCCAAGGAAACAGUAACAUGCAUACUGAACUGCAUGGCUCAUAUGAUGAAUAUAUCGGAGGAGGUUGAAACAGCUUUUCUGAAUAGAGCGAUCAAGGCAUUCACCUGGAUCAACAUUAUUUCAACGGAAGAGGGCAAGCUGUACAAGAAUAUGGCGGCAGUCCUGAGGUGUGUUCUUCUGGACCUAAGAUCUAUGGCUGUGGAGGAAGAGGAGAGAGCCAAACCUGCGCUCCCUCCAACAUGACCACACCUGGUCUUACUGUACAUGAAAUACAUACUUCUGUGCCUU